GUCUAAAGGUACAUAACCUAUUUUUUGUGUUAACUGUCAAAAAUCCCCUCUGAUUUCUAAAUUAAAUCCUGAAAGAUUUUAAUAAAUUGAAAUUCUAUUGCUGUUUUCUCUUUUCAAUAUAAUUAGCACAUAACAUACCUACGAACUUACCAAAAAAGGAUUUUAUUGCAAAAUAUGUAUCAUUUGCUUCCGGAUAAUGUUUUGGAAGUAAUAUUUUCAUACCUAGAUCUCAGAGAGUUGCGGGACUGUUCGUUAGUUUGCAAAAAUUGGUAUCGCUACCUAAAUGAUGAGAAUAAUGAUGUGUGGCGGAUGCAUUGUGUACGAAAAUUGGCAGAAGAAGCAAUAAAGAGUGAACUUCUCUCCACUCUCCCAUCGUAUAAAGCUAAAUUGCGGGCAUUCUUUUACGCGUGGAAUCCAAAUGAUUGUUCGAGGAAUGUUUACAUUAAACCCAAUGGGUUCACCCUUCACAGGAAUCCAGUAGCGCAAAGUACGGAUGCUACUCGAGGAAAAAUAGGUUUUCGACAAGGUAGACAUGCGUGGGAAGUGAUCUGGGAGGGUCCGUUGGGUACAGUGGCGGUUAUUGGUAUCUCCACGAAAUCUGCCGCUCUUCAAUGUCAUGGAUACGUAGCACUAUUAGGAUCGGAUGAUCAGAGUUGGGGUUGGAACCUGGUCGACAACCACCUUUUACACAAUGGUGAUGCCCAGGGUAACUAUCCUCUAUUGAAUAAUGCUCCAAAAUAUCAAGUAGGGGAAAGAAUUCGUGUAAUUCUCGAUUGUGACGACAAUACGUUGUCCUUUGAGAAGAACUACGAAUUUCUGGGCGUUGCUUUCCGUGGACUACCUGAUAAGAAGUUAUAUCCUACAGUAUCUGCUGUUUAUGGAAAUACUGAGGUAUCAAUGGUGUACUUGGGGCCCCCACUUGAUGGUUAAUAGUUAAUGGGACUCAUAAUGAGUCAUGUUUCCAUGUGCAAAUCCAAAGCUAUUUAGACUAAAAUAUAAAAUUAAGAUAUUUAUUUCAAUAAGUGUAAUGAUAUUCCAAAGAAAAAACAUUUUAAGUAGCACUUUCCAUGACAUAGGUAAUAAACUUGAAUACCUAAUAUUA